AUGGCAGCCGAACAAAGAAAGCUGCUCGAGCAGCUUAUGGGAGCGGACCAGCUCAUAGGUACCGGCGGCGCCUCUCGCAGUGCGCAGCUACAGAUUACGGACCCUAAGGUCUGUCGCUCGUACCUGGUCGGAACUUGCCCGCAUGAUCUCUUCACCAACACCAAGCAAGAUUUGGGCCCUUGUCCCAAGGUACACAGUGAGGGACUGAAGACGGAGUACGAGACCGCCUCAGCGGCCGAGAAGGCGAAAUGGGGCUUUGAGUUCGAUUACAUGCGCGAUAUGCAGAAAUAUAUCGACGAUUGUGAUCGCAGGAUUGACUCCGCCCAGCGACGGUUAGAGAAGACCCCGGAUGAGAUCAGACAGACAAACAACCUGCUGAAACAAAUCUCCGACCUCGCAAAGACCAUCAAUACCGGUCUCCUUGAAGUUUCCGUUCUCGGUGAGACUGGUGCUGUGGCCCAAGCGCUCAACGAACUACACAAGAUUCGCACCGCCAAACACCAAAAGGAGACCUGCGAGCGCGAACUCAAGAAUCUUCAAGAUACCUCCGGUCCAUCCGGUCAUCAGAAGCUGCAAGUCUGCGACGUCUGCGGUGCUUAUCUGAGUCGUCUUGAUAACGAUCGCCGGUUGGCCGACCACUUCUUCGGCAAAAUGCACAUGGGUUAUUCAGACAUGCGCAAGACGUACAAAAAGCUCAGCGAAGAGCUCAAGGGGCGCCCACCUCCUGUCCGUCACCAUGAUGAUGACGAAGGCGGUUGGGGUGGCCGCUCAGGUGGUGGACGAGGCCCUCGUUAUGGUGGUGGUGGCGGAUACAGGAAACGAGGCGGGCGGUGGUGA